UCUCUUUCUCACACACUCAAUUCAAUUUUUUUCUUUUAUUCACAUUCCACUUCUGUCUGGAUUUCACACUUUAUCCACCAUUUUUUUUCUUAUUUUCUAACUCUAUAGCUAUAAAUGCAGGAUUUUACUAAUCUAUAAUCUCAUUUUUGCUUUCCCUUUACUAUUCUCUUUCUAUCUCUCUGGUUUUCCUCCAUUGCAAACCAAGCAAUUUCUUUACAGCUUUACUGAUGUACCUCUCAUUUGCAAAACCCUACCUAUCAUUUCUCCCAUCUAACUCUGAUUCAAAUCCCAACCAAAUAAGGGAACAAAGAUGAACUCUCCCCCCUCACAAAGAUUGGAUUUUUGGUCUGCCAUUGUUUCCAGAAGUAAAAGAAAUUAGCUUUCUCAUUUCCAUGAUUGUUAGUAUCACUUUUCUUGGCCCACUCCACACCACAACCUUCUACUUCUAAACUACUCCUUGCCCAGCUCCAUCUUUCUUUUGUCAUACUCUUUUCUCUCUCUCUUUUUUGUGGGUUAUUGGUAUUUCAUCUCUGCCUUGGCGCAUCUAUGCUCAUUGUGCAUCUGUUGAGAAAAAAAGGUACCCUUUCUUCGCUUCUUUGGAUUCUCAAGGAGGAAGAUCAGGGGGGUUGAAUUCAGAUCACUUGCCAAGGAAUGGCUUCUGGAAGCUUAAAUGCUGAGUUGUCGAAGAAGUAUGGGGCUCUGAAGCUUUGGGUUCUCAUAGGCAUAUGUGUGGGUGCAUUUAUAGUUCUGAUUUUGGGGAUCUUAUCAAUAUGGAUCAUGUUCCAACGGAGAUCUCGAAAAACCUUAGACAAGUACUCCUCUAUAUGCCAGAUUCCUAACAUCUCAAAAGAUAUCAGGGUAGAUAGAGUUGAGGAAGAAAGCAUGCGCGAUCAUCCAGAAUCAUUAUACUUGACUAUUAACGAUAACCAUAGUGAUAAGAAAACGGAGAAGAUGUUAGUUCAUUUGGGUAGGAGUAAAUCAGGUGAUACUGAUAACAUCAGCCAGAGCAGUUCAGUUUACCAUCACGAGAGUGGUAGCCAUCAGUCUGGAGAGGAGGGGAGUUCUGGUAAUGGGCGUAAACAAUCUUCAAUGUCGUAUGGAAUUGCCAUGCCGUCUCCUUUAAUUGGUUUGCCAGAAAUAUCUCAGCUUGGGUGGGGCCACUGGUUCACACUCAGAGAUCUUCAAAUUGCAACAAAUCGUUUUUCAGCAGAAAAUAUCAUCGGGGAAGGUGGUUAUGGGGUUGUUUAUCGGGGCAGAUUGGUCAAUGGCUCGGAGGUGGCAGUUAAGAAGCUUCUUAAUAAUCUAGGUCAGGCGGAGAAAGAGUUUAGGGUCGAAGUAGAGGCCAUUGGUCAUGUUCGACAUAAAAACCUAGUCAGGCUUCUUGGCUACUGCAUAGAAGGAGUUCAGAGGAUGUUGGUAUAUGAGUAUGUAAAUAACGGAAAUCUCGAACAGUGGCUUCAUGGGGCAAUGAGGCAGCAUGGCUCCCUAACGUGGGAAGCCCGAAUGAAGGUUCUGCUUGGCACCGCAAAGGCACUAGCUUAUUUGCACGAAGCGAUAGAACCAAAAGUUGUACAUCGUGACAUAAAAUCAAGUAAUAUCUUGAUCACUGACGACUUCAACGCUAAAGUUUCCGACUUUGGUCUGGCUAAGAUGCUGGAAUCUGGAGAAAGCCAUAUCACAACGAGGGUGAUGGGGACUUUCGGUUAUGUGGCUCCAGAAUAUGCAAACACCGGCUUGCUGAAUGAAAAAAGCGACAUAUACAGUUUUGGCGUUCUACUUCUUGAAGCCGUCACUGGAAGAGAUCCAGUGGAUUAUGCACGUCCAGCCAACGAGGUUAAUCUUGUCGAGUGGCUUAAGAUGAUGGUAGGGCACAGGAGAGCAGAGGAAGUUGUGGACCCCAGCCUUGAAGUCAGGCCUACUAUCCGUGCUUUGAAACGUGCACUUCUCGUAGCGCUAAGAUGUGUAGACCCCGAGUGGGAGAAACGGCCCAAAAUGAGUCAGGUUGUCCGUAUGCUGGAAGCUGAUGAUUUUCCUUAUCGUGAGGAUCGUCGGAAUAGGAAAACUAGGACGGUGAGUAUGGAGAUCGAGUCGUUGAAGGAGGGUAGUGGCUCGACCGAGCUGGAAAGCAGAGCGGAGCCCUCAGAAAGCCACACUUCCAAGGCAAUGGAUUGAAAGUUGAAACUGACUUUUUAGACAUAAUCUCUCUCUACCAUUCACAUUUGUUAAGUUUGUUUUCUGGAAAAAUUCCUCCAGUGACAGAGUGCGACUGAGAGCAGGCAUGGCCCAGUUUGGAAUCUUGAAUCAUUGGCAUCUUGUCUCCAGGAUCCCUCCAAAAAUAACGAAUAUGCGCUCCUCGAGUCGAGCUAACAUGAUGCGGUAAGGGUUUAGGGUUCCGGUGGGCGGGACCAAAGUGCCCAUUCAUUGUAAAAUUAUGUUUAAUAUCAUUUGAUCAUUCUAUUAUCGACUUCAUUCUGUCGUUCGUUGGUACGGUUAGGAUACUUUCACGCUGAUUCUACGGCAUCCCUAUUUAUAGUUCACCUGUUUUAUCUGCAUCUCUUGUAUGAUUUUGUGCAGAAACAUUGUUCUUGCAUUAUGAGAUUUGAAUGUGCAAAGAUGGGUUAUAGAUUCAAA